AAAAUACUAUAUUUUUAAAAAUGCUAUAUUAUUUUUUAUAUAGGUAUCUGGCAUCUGCGGAUAAAAUAAAAUUUUUAGUAUCGUGGUUAUUAAUAUAUUAUUGUUAAUCAUAAAAUUAAUAAAGCAAUUAGUUAAAUUAUUGCAUGCACUCAAUGACUUAAUGACUUGCAAACGUUGAAAUCUCAUCUCUCUAUUCCAAAUUAAAAGAUUCUUAACUUUUUACUGUAAGAAGUUUACUUUUAACUUGUACUUUUAACUUUGACAAUGAGCGUUUUGUACAACGAUGACGAUGGUUUCUUCAUAUCGCAUCAAAUGUUUAUUUCAAAGUUGUACGAUACGAUUUUGAAUAAAACCGAAAACACUGUACCUUUGUACGAACAUUUUUUCCAUAUAAACAAUCCAUUCGUCAGGGAUAACCAACAAGUAGAAACUAGUACGGAAAAUAAUUUAAAACGUAAGAGAAAACGGCCAAAAUAUGAGGAAGAUGAAACAAGUAAAAAAAUCAAAACUUUUAUAUCAAAUUUAAAAAGUCAAGAUAUUUUUUCCACAUCACCAGAGUUUUUGGAUAAUAAUAGUUGUGCUAGACAUGCAUCUAUAAAGUUUUAUGAAAACACUAGUGAGCUAAAAACAUUUUAUGGACAAAAUCCAAAUCCAAAUUUACAUAUAGCUAAUGGCUAUGUAUUUCCGCCAAAAUGUCAGUUUUACUGUGACAAUGUUUUCAAUAUGAAAAACCUUAAAGAUGAAAAAUAUGACAUGAUUUUGUUAGACCCACCGUGGACAAAUAAAUACAUAAAAAGAAAAAAGAAAAUUAAACGAGAUGAAGGAUAUACAAUGAUGGUUGAUCAGGAUUUGGCCCAAUUACCUAUAAAUGAGUUUUUAACUUUAAAUGGUUUAGUUUGUGUUUGGUGUACAAAUUCUCAAAAUCAUAUAGACACAUUAAAGUCUGUAUUAUUUCCAACAUGGAACAUAAAAUAUGUGGCUUGUUGGUACUGGAUAAAGGUGACAAAAUGUGGAGAAUUUAUUUGUAAUUUUGCUCCACAAACUGGCAAACAGCCUUAUGAACGCAUAAUAUUUGGAAGAAAAAUAGACAGUGAUACUAAAAUAAAAAAUCCCGAAGAAAAUAAGAUGAUUGCAAGUGUUCCGAGUUCAGUGCAUUCGCAUAAACCCCCUCUAUCUGAAGUAUUAGUUCCUUAUCUGCCUCCAGCACCAAAAUGUUUAGAACUAUUUGCAAGGUAUCUAUUACCCAAUUGGACUAGUUAUGGACUUGAAGCUUUAAAAUUUCAACACCAAUUUUUGUAUGAAAAUUCAGAUCUAGAACACUGCAAUCACAAAUCCAAUAUUAAACCUAAUGAAAAUAUAAAGAUUUCUAUCAAAUAAAAGUAUUAUUUGUUUUU